AAUGCAUUUUUGGGUUAGUUAUGAUCGAUUUCAAAUGCUGCCCCGAUAUUCAUAUCUACCUACCAUUAGGUAAGCCCCCGUGAAUCUAUGUACAAAUCCCCGCUAGCAAUCUCAGUUUGGGAAUCGGAAAUAGGAACCACUAUUCACGACUUGUUUUCUUUUAAGCUCUUACAUCAUUUCAAGCUUUACUGUACGACGUGCCCAAUUAUUUGCCGUUUCCGAAUCGCUCUUGUGGCAUCGGGUACAGUUCAGGGUCACUGUUAUCGCCAGAUGAUUGGGCAACACGUCCACUUUGGAUUGAGAAACUUAAGAAGCUCCAGAUUAGACCCUCACUCCGCCACUGACCUUAACCGUUUGGAGGCUUUCCAAACAGGAGCAGGCGGCUAUUAGUUACCAUCAACAUCAAGGCCUGGAACUGGAUUGGGAGCGGAUAAUUGAUAACAAUUAAUGGGGCGAUGAACCAUCACCAGCGUUUGGACCAAUUGGGUGGCGUGCAUAAUUAGCUACCGCCGGAGACUUGUUUUCGCGGUGGUGUCCACCAAGUAAGCUCAACGAGAAUUCGAGUGCACACACACCGUUUGGGUGUGUUUUGUGUGUGCAAUUUGAAACCAGUUACAAAAGCUGACCCGCUUAGCCUGCUGGGUUAGAAAGACAUGGGCCAGCUGCAAGUGGCGCAUGUUCAGUAUCCGUUUGGACUCUAAGUGGAGCAGACCGUGCGAAAGUGAAAGGAUUACAGCAUGCAGACUAUCUUGGGAGCCUGUCUUGGCUGCUGCCUCUGGCUGCUUGCAUCCGUGCAGGCCUUGGAGAGUGUCUUUGGCUCAUUUAACCUGGAGCUGGAGUUCCCGUCGCCCCAGGAAAGGGAACGCACACUGAGGGAGGGCCUGUACGAUCCGAGCAGCGUCAUACCCGUCGAUGUGGAUGUAUACUACAAGCAUGGCGACGCCACACCCUCCAUUUUUGUGACCAUUCCUCGCUUUGCCAAGGGUGUUCCUUAUUCCCUGGCCUAUGUGACUAACGAGAUGCGACCGAAUGGAACGCUUCUGCAGGCCUAUCCCAGCUACGAGUGGCACAAGACCCACGGUGCGGACUGCAAUGGUCUAACCUCUGUGUACAGGACUCAAAUAGACGAAUGCGGCAGGAUGUGGAUCCUGGACAGUGGCGAGAUCGAUUUCAUUCAGCUUUGCCCGCCGCAGCUGUACGCCAUCGACUUGGAAAACGGCAAGAUCGUGCAUCAGUACAAGAUGCCAAAGCGACUGUACAAGGAGGGCGUGAGCCGCUUCGUCACCCCCACUGUGGAUCUGCAUCCCGAGAAUUGUGACGUAGCCUUCGUGUACAUGGCGGACUCUAUUGGGGACGGCAUCGUGGUGUACGAUGUGGCAGCUCAGCAGUCGUGGCGGAUUGAGAACAAGUUCACGUAUCCACAUCCAGACUUUGGCACCUUCACCAUAGCCGGCGAAAGCUUCCAGCUGUGGGACGGCACGGUAUCCACCACGCUCACCCCUCAUGGCCUUGGCGGUCGGCGGAUGCUGUACUUCCACUCGCUGUCCAGCGAAUGGCAGAUGGGCAUACCCCUGGACGUGGUCAACAACGGCAGCAAUUGGAAGCUAAACGAUAUCAGUGCCGCCUUGGAUCAGUUCCAGCUGCUGGGCAAGCGGGGCAGUCAGUGUGUGGGCACGGCCAUGAGUGAGACGGGUUUCCUGCUCUGCGGUUUGGUCAAGCCGUCGAGUAUUCUGGCCUGGAACAUUCGUGAGCCCUACAGCCAUCAGAAUCUGGUGAUGUUAGUAGAAGACGAGGAGCGGCUGCAGUUCACCAGCGGCCUGAAGAUCGUGCGGAAUCACGAGGGCAAGGAGGAGCUAUGGGCCCUGUCUAACCGGCUGCAGAAAGCCUUCGGAGCGGGAUUAAACUACAAGGAGGUCAACUUUCGCAUUCUUAAGUGCGGCGUUCAGGAGCUGCUCAGCGGUAGACCGUGCUAUUGACUUUGAAUCUAACCAAUAAAGCUAGUGUAUGGCCAUCA